AUGAAGUUCGACAUUUCACCCGCUCGGGCCGCUGUGCUCGUUGCCCUCAUUGCAACUGUUGAGGCUUCUCAUCACGGUCAUCUCCAUGCUCGUCAUCACGAAGCCCGCACCGUCCCAGAGAACACGACCCUCCAGAAGAAGAGUGGACAGUGUCAGUUCCCUACUGAUGCGGGAUUGGUCGCCGUUACACCCAAUGAAGAGAACGCUGGAUGGGCCAUGAGCCCCAAUCAGCCGUGUGAGCCUGGAAAUUACUGCCCUUACGCGUGUCCUGCAGGCCAGGUGUCGAUGCAGUGGGACCCUGAGGCUACCUCUUACACUUAUCCUAUGUCCAUGAAUGGUGGUCUGUACUGUGACGAGAAUGGUGACAUUCAAAAGCCAUUCCCUAGCAAGCCCUACUGUGAGGAUGGAACUGGUGUCGUGUCAGCCCACAACAAGGCCAGCAAGCCUGUGUCUUUCUGUCAGACCGUGCUUCCUGGAAACGAGGCCAUGCUGAUCCCGACCUUGGUUGAGGAGUUGACAACUUUGGCUGUGCCUGGCAUGUCUUACUGGUGCUCCACUGCUGCUCAGUACUACAUCAACGCCCCUGGUGUCACUGCUGAGGAGGGCUGUAUCUGGGGUACCAAUGCCAACCCAGUUGGUAAUUGGUCGCCUUACACCGCUGGUGCUAACACCGAUGGUGACGGCAACACCUACGUGAAGAUCGGCUGGAACCCUAUCUACUUGGAGCCCACCACUCCCUUCCGUGACGUUAGGCCCGAGUUUGGUAUUGAGAUUGAAUGUGAGGGUGAUGACUGCAAUGGCUUGCCUUGCCGUAUCGAUCCCUCUACCAUGGCUGUGAACGAAAUGAGCGCCCCCGAUGUCUUUACUGGUGCCGGUGGUGCCACUGGUUGUGUUGUUACUGCUUCCUACGGCUCCAAGGCCAAGAUUGUCGUCUUUGAGGUUGACGGCAGUGGUUCCAGCGCCAGCGAGACUGUGUCCGUCCCCACCAGCACGGUUGCUCCUUCAAGCACCAGCAUUAGCACCUCCACCUCCACAUCCACCCCUACGCCGACUCCAACUACUACCAGCACCACCGAGACUCCAACUUCGACUUCCACCCCGUCUAGCACUUCAACCUCGACUCCUACUUCCUCAGCCACCUCGACCUCGACCUCGACCUCCACGUCCACUUCGACCUCCACUCACACUUCUGCCUCUACAUCUACUCUGACUCCCACCUUCCACCGCAUUUAUAGCACUAGACUUCCCAAGGCUAGCCCCAGCAUGAGCUACAGCUACCGCCCACAAGCCUUCUACCCAACUGGUGCAGCGGAGGUCUCCUCAAGUGAAUCUACCAGCGGUGUUUCUCCCGCCUCCGCCUCCACCUCCACCACGACAAGUGCCAACGGCGCCUCCAGCGCCGCCCUCUCCAUGAUCAGUCUCAUCUUCGGAGCCGUGGCCGCUCUGGCCAUCAACUUCUAA